AAAUGGGCGAGGGCAGCAUCAGCACUCGCGCAGUGGAACGGCACUCAUUCGCAAAGGCGAUGAGGCUUGGCAAGCUAAUGUUCGCAUCAGCUGCCACCACUAGAUAUACUUACUCGCAGCCUAUUAGUUGUGCCGCAUGCUGUUGACUUCCACUGACUUUUUCCUGGUGGCCUCCUCUUGCAACUGAGGAGCAGCGGUACGAGCACUCGGUCAGCACUGGCGUGAAUGAUUUGCCGUGGGAGUUGUGCGACAUGCGGGAAGAAGGUGAUCCGCAGACGAUCUUCCGGAUCAAACCAGAGCAAAGUGGUGUUCAAGUUGCGCCGCGCACAUGGGAUGAGGACGACUUCUUGUCGACGGAGAACCUUCGACUGGUUGUUCCCGAUAACGCUGUCGAGGUGUUGAGCCCUGGUGGCGCUCAUUCUACUACACUUGCGCAAAUUCGCGAGGAGUCGGGCGCAGCGGUGCGAUUGCAUGCUGGUGCAGCUGGCAAAGGUGAAGCAGCCACUGUGGGCACCAGCAGCGGCACGGUUGAGAUUGCGGGCUGUUACGGCACGAAGUUGCGAGCGCUGCUGCAGGUGGCGUCCCUGCUGCUCCAGCUGUGCGGCCGCGCGGCGGGUAGGGCCCAGGCAGGCGGCCUGUCGUUGCAGAUGCUGCUGCCCUCGGCGGGCCCCUCGGCCGUGCGGCCCGAGGACGUCCGCGAGCUGGCCUCGGCCGAGGGCGUGGAAGUGAAGGUGAGGGAGAAGGC